AAUAAUUCAAUCCACUCAACUCAUUAAAUUAUUCAUUAAAAAAAAACUUUCACAAAAUUAAGAUAAUUAUACGAUAAAAUUAAAAAUUACACAACACAAUUUUGAUCCUCGUCCAACGAGGAAUAAAAUAGUAGCAAAAGUAUACUCUCCAAGAUAUUCCAUCGUAUUUUCUUAUUUUUUUUUCUUAAUAUCUUUUUUAGAUGCUUUUAGAUCUCCCCAAUAUUUUGACGCAAGUUUACGUAAGAUUGGCCGUAAAUCCUCGCUCAAAACCGAAACACGGUUAACCCUUCUCUCAGAUGUACGGUCGAGAGUGAAAGUGUAAGCAUCGUAUGUACAGUUUUGUUAGCCUAGAAUUGUGAUUACCUUGAAGAAAACUGAACGCUGUUGGUGCGUUCGAUUAUCGACGAAGUACAUUAUCGAUAAACGAGAUGCUAUUGUCGAUAAAAGUUUCCGGAACGUUGUUGCUCUUCCUGUGCUCAUCAUCGAUAGGAAUAGAAUUUGAGGAUCAUUUCAAGGAUUGCCACCCAAAUGUCUCGGAUUUCGACGAGUGUAUUCAACGUGCAUUAAAUGAGAUUCGACCUUAUUUUAAGACAGGUGUUUCCAAAUACGGAGCACACAUCCCCUUCGAGCCAUUUUUUAUCAAAAAAGCGCGCACGUCACGAGGUACACCAAAUUUCGGCUUUGUCAUUACAAUGAACAACAUCGAGGAAGUUGGAUGGGAUUUGAGCAAAGUGACCAAGUUCACCAGCGAUUUGAAGAAUUACAAGGUGGUGUAUACGCAAAAUUUCCCAGACAAACGGCUAAAGGGUGCAUACGAAUUCAAAGGAUCUACGCUUAAUUUUACUAUGAACAACAGAGGAACGUUCAUGCUACAGCUUUACGAUUUCGUUCAAACGACCACGGUUAUCGCGAAACCAGGAGCAAGGGUUUAUGUGAAAGUGGAGAUAAACUCGGUCAAAGACAUGAAGUUACACAUCACGAAUUUGUUCUUCGGCAUCAAAUUCAUCGAGAAUAUUGUCGACAUCGUGAUAAAUAGCAUGUGGAAACAACUCUUCAAGAUAAGCGCACCUAUAGUUAACGAACUCAUCUCUGACGGAUAUUUCGAAUUAUUCGAUAGCACAUUCCGCAAUUUUCCAUUCGAGAAAAUUAUCAAACCAUAUCCUUAUACGAAUUAAAAGAUCAUUUAAAAAGAUUUUCUUUUUUCUUUGAGGAUAAUGAUACGAGUCACGAAAGAUAACUAGGCUCUGUCGGGAUAAUGAAACAGAAGAGGAUUGAUAUAUACGAUGUUUUGCCGUUGUAAUAGAGAGAUAAUUCUUCGAGAAUUCUUCAACAAUAGCGCAUAUUUUUCUCGAAUCGUUUCUGCCUUUGUCUGCUUUUUCUACGCUGUUGAAGAAAGUAGCAGACAAUGAGACUGCGAGAAAGUUAGCCGCUAAAAUAAUUAACGUGUACGUAUCGUGUUCCAUAUUGACAAUCUUGAUGUAAUAGAGGGGAAAGAAGAAGAAGAAGAAGAAGAAAAAGAAGAAGAAGAAAUUUAUGAAGAUCGUUGCGGAUUCGAGAAGAUUGUGCUUUCUCGAAAUUAUAAAAAUUAUUAUAAACGUUGACCUGUAUACAAUGUAACCGUAUUGAACGAGAUUAGUUCUUGGAAAAGAGGAAAUACGAAUGGAAAGUUAGGUUGGAAAGGAAAAAUGAAACGAUCUAAUUUUUAAGAAUUAUUUUAAUUUGUAUUAAUCAUAGUUCACGCAUAAUUUCUGUCCACGCGUUGAAAUCACCGCCAGAUCUGUUGGAUCUGUUUUACCGACGUGACAUCGUCGCGCCGAACGAUGACUUUUUUGCCAAAUUCUUUUCAAAAUGGUUUCACAACAUGACAAAUUUCUUUUUUAAUUAUAGAUUAAUAUAAUCGAUUUUCAUACAUUUCAUUUUCAUAGCAUAUAUUAUUUUAUAUUAUUAUCGAACCAGUAUUAGAAAUAAUUAAAUCAUUACCGCAUUCCGAA